AUGCCCCGAAUCUUUGGUCGGUUUGAGAUAAUCUCUUUGUCAGUCUCUUUCUUGCUUACGGAAAAUGACGGUGUCCUUACUAGAACUGGCAGCUUGAGCGUGGAACUGGCAGGAUCUGAUGGUUAUGUUCUUGGCGGCGUCGUAGCUGGAAUAUUGAUGGCGGCAACUCCUGUUCAGGUGGUGGUGGGUAGUUUUCUUGCCAAAAAGAAACCGCCAAAGCCGAAACCAUCAACGCACGAGUCCUUGUUAGGUCUGCCUCAGAUGUCAGGAUUUGGUCCUCUGAGCCCCCCAUCUCAGGUAUCUUCGAGUGAUUCUGACGAUGAUGAUCGAAGGUGUCCUAUAAACAUUGGGCAUUGCAGCAACUCCAACCAUGACUUUCAGGACCUGCCUCCCUACUCUGUUGGAUGGUCUAACGCUGGAAAUUGA